AUGCAACUGCAGCACAAGAAAAAGCAGCAACUGCAGCACCAGCAACAGCAGCAGCAGCAGCAGCGGCAGCAGCAGCAGCAGCUUACAUUAGAGUUCAGUGCAGCCAAAGCGCUGCAGCAGGCUGUCACCUCCUGGGGAGAAAAACUAUCGAUCUUAUGCGGCUGCAGCAAACAGUUUAUACACACAGCAGCAGCAGCAGCAGCAGCAGUAGCAGCAACAGUAGCAGUAGCAGCAGCAGCAGUAGCAGCAGCAGCAGCAACAGCAGUAGCAGCAGGAGCAGUACCAGCGGCAGCGCAGAGAGCUCCAAGGUAA